AUGCUAACUUUUGAUAGAAUCCACAUAUCUGCAUGUUCCUUGCACGGUUAGAGAGCCAGAAAUCAUACAAGUACAUCGACAUAUAAUAUAGCGAUGUUAUGAUCCUGGUUUCAAUGUUGAAAAUAGUGCCGGAAGCCAGAUAAUCCUACCGGACUACAUGAUAUUCCGAGCUCCCGGGACAAAUUGGUAUAAAAUUGGCCAACUACGACACUAUCUUCAAACUCCAAAAAGAAUGUCUUCAUCGAUUUUGAGUGAACGGGAAGCUAUUAUAGAUACCGUCUACCGAGCCACGCUUGGUAUUGACACCAAUGAUGCUCAAUUGUUUGGCUCUGCUUGCCUCCAAAAUGAAGAGUUGACCUUUGUCAUGGGUGACGUUGUUGUCAACGGCUGGGAACCUUUUUUUGGGUAUACCAGUGGCCACCUUUUUACAGUUACUACAACUCAUUAUCUCACCAGUCCCAGGGUUGAGUUCAAGGAAGAAGGAGCUGCCCAAUUGACAGUUCAAUGUGUAGCAUAUCAUAUUAAGCCGGAAAAUGCCUUUAAAGAGGACAAUAAGGCUUAUAUUAAUGCGAGUUCCCAAACCUUGGACGUAUUCAAAGUUGGAGAUGGUGUCUGGAAGAUCAAAAAAUGGAAUAUCUCAAAGAAUUGGAGCCUGGGAAGUCCUGCCAAUGUUUGGGAUUAAUGUGCUUGAAAACAAAUGAUUAGAUUUGUAAUUUGAUUAAAUAUUAUUUUGUGAAGAGACUUCGUGAGUGUGGCUAUGUGUUGGUGGUAUUAAAAGUUUACUGAUAGUAUCGACCAUGCAUUCGAAGCAUUAGGAUGGUUUCAGAAACUAUCAAAUAGAAUCAUAACGUCCUAUCAAGCUGAAGGAUUUUGUUCCGAUAUUAGAUAGGUAGCUAGUCUUGUAUAAUCUAUCAUUGAAACGUAUUGAUAUUUCUAC